AAGUGGGGGGGAGUAUUUGGGAGAAAAAAAAAACGACAAUAAAACAAACCAGCUGGAGGUUGAGCUUCCAGUUAAAAAACAGCCCACCCCUCCCUCAAAAGCAGAGCCAUUCCUUCUGGAGUGGCUGAGUGAAGUCAUUAGCAGCGGCGGCAGCAGCAGCAGCAGCAGCAGCAGCAAGAACUUGCAAAGAUGCAUCAGUCUCUGGGCAGCUGGCAGCUUCCAGGGUCUCUUUGCUUUCUACUCCUGGUCUCCUGGGCUAUGGCCACAGCAGCCCUUCCCCUGGAAGAUGGCCUCGCCUUGAAAGGCAGUAAGCCCCUGCAGGAAGUGGCAGAAGGAAAGACGAGUGACCUCCUGACUUUCCUUUUCUCCUUGUACGACUGGACCUCCCGCGGCGGUGAGAUGCCUGUGGUCGGGGGCGAGGAGAUGGAGUUCUCCAAGCGAGACGGGAGGGCUCUCUCCAACCAAGCCCCGCCUCGGGAUAAACCCCCCUGCAAGAAUUUCUUCUGGAAGACUUUCUCCUCCUGCUGAGCGAAUUCCGCCCGCUCCUGUCUUGUGCAGCUGCUCUCAUCAGUAGCUGGAAUAAAGUUGGAAUUAAUAUGGGACCGUGAUUUCCCUUAUUUGUGAAUGUUGUUGUCCUGUAUGAUGUAAGCAUUUGUUGCCCCUUCCAAUAAAGCAUACGGACCGAA